AUGGCUGAAACGCUAUCCUACUCGGAGCACAGAUAUGGCCAAGACCAUGAUCUUCAGACUCUGGGCAUUUGGGACUUGCCAGCCAAAGACGACAAUACAAGUACCACUACUGACGGGAAGUGCUGGAUAGUCUUCAUCCACGGCGGCGCCUGGCGCGACCCCAACGUAGACCUGCACAGCUUAGAGCCCACCAUCUCCAGGCUCCUGGCCGAUGAGCACCGGGACUUCACAGCCGCCCACAUCGCCGGUUUCGCCUCAAUCAACUACCGCCUCUCCCCACACGCCAACUUCACCCAGGACCCGGCAGCCACGCCGGCCAAUGAGCUCCGCGUCGCCCAGCACCCGGAACACAUCCAGGACGCCGUGGCCGCCAUAUCCCUUCUGCACAACCUCCGAUCCCUCGACAGGAACGGCGGCUACGUCCUGACGGGCCAUUCGUGCGGCGCAACCAUGUCCUAUCAGCUCCUGAUGGGCGCGCAGGCCGGCGCGCCCCAGCCCUCUGCCCUGCCCUUCCCGCUCCCGGCCGCCGUCGUCGGCUUCGAGGGCAUCUACGACCUCAACGGCCUGAACCGCCGCAAGGACGGCAACUACGCGGGCUUCAUGGCGGCCGCGUUUGGCGACGACCGCACCACCUGGGACGCUGUCAGCCCGGCGCUAUUCCGCGGCUACGCAGACGCGUGGUCGGCGGCGCCCAAGCGGCUCGGCGUCGUGGCCCACUCGCCCGAGGACUCGCUGGUCGACAUGGACGAGGCCGUCGUCAUGGAGCGCGCUCUGCGCGAGAGCGGCGUGCCGGCGUUGCUCUUGGACGACCUCGCUGGCGACCACGACGUCGUGAGGAAGGAGGGCGUGCACACCGCAAGGGUGUUGGUCAAGACGAUUAAAGCGUUGCAGUCUUGA